AUGGUAAACAUACUUUCUCGACUACCAGCAGAGUCGGCAUUAGCUUGCAGACAAGUUUGUAGAGCAUGGAGAAAUCUAUUUACGUUAGAUGAUAAAUAUUUCAGUGAUAUGCAUCUACGAGCGCAGCAACAACAAACAUGUAAUAGGUUGAGUUUUAUUUUCCUCGAUGCAUCGUAUUCUAUUUAUAAUGUAGAUUUCGAUGACAAAUCUCGCAAGAAACUGACAAGGAUCAACUUUCCCCUUCCGACUGAAAUCACGCAAUUGGUUAGUUCAUGCAACGGUUUGGUUUGCUUCGGCAUGCCUACAGAAGCCAUAAUUUCAUCAAGCGAAUAUUUGGAACUUCCAAAGUUUCUCAUUAAGGAUGAAGGGAUGAAAGUUCACAAAAUAUUAUCCGGAUUUGGCUAUGUUCCUUCAAGUAACGAGUACAAGGUUGUUAGAAUCAUAGAGUAUUAUGAUGAUAAUGAGCGGUUGAAUUCUAAGCUACAAGUAUAUACUCUUGGUGCUGGCAGUGUCUGGAGAGAUAAAGGAAAAUUCGAUUACCGGCUUAUAAUGGAAUUAAGGAAUGUGUUUGUCAAUGGAGCUCUUCACUGGCUGGAUUGGACAGGGAAAAUUGUGCCUUUCGGUUUGGUAGAGGAGUUCUACGUACUCUUUACCUGGUUUAUCAACUUUCGAAUGGUACGAGAAGUUUCAUCUUCAAGUACUGGGAGACUCGCUCUGUCUUUUUCAUCAAAGACGGGUUCUAGAAGCAGAUUUAUGGGGUAUGCUUUUCCGUUGGCUGUCACUAAAAGGGGUGAAGUUCUAAUUGCAGCUUAUAAUAAUAAAAAUGUUGUUGUUGCCACUUUUUAUGAUCCAAAAACUGCAACCUUCGAAAAGAUUGGGAAUCUAAAGAAUACAAUGAUCCCCGGUUUAAACUCAGUAUCACACGUUCACAGCUUUGUUUCAUUGAAGCGGCUGGAUCAUGCAGAUGUCAUUGAUGAACUUCUCUGA